AUGAAAGUAAUCUUCUACUUCGAGGCCGUGCGCCGCGAGUUCCGCCACCCCGUCCGGGUCAACUUCUUCUUCGCGCCGUGGAUCGCCUGCCUCUUCCUCUUUCAGGGCCUGCCGCCGUCCAUCCACGUUGACCUCCGCGGCGGCGGCGCCGCCGCCACUUGGUGCGCCCUGAUGUCGCCGAUCCUCUGCCUGGAGCUGAAGAUCUAUGGCGAGUGGAUGUCCGGGGGGCGGCGCCGCCUGUCCAGGGUGGCCAACCCCUCCAACCAUCUAUCCAUCGUGGGCAACUUCGUCGGCGCCCUCGUCGGCGCCACCGUUGACCUCCGGGAGGGCCCCAUCUUCUUCUUCGCCGUGGGGCUGGCCCACUACGCCGUUCUCUUCGUGACCCUCUACCAGCGGCUCCCCAGUAACGAGACCCUCCCCAGGGAGCUCCACCCUGUCUUCUUCCUCUUCGUCGCCGCCCCCACCGUUGCCUGCGUCGCCUGGGCUGAACUGAGCGGCCACUUUGACUCCGCCUCCAGGAUCGCCUACUUCAUCGGCCUCUUCCUCUACGCCUCCCUCGUAAGCAACCAAGAAAAACCGACCCUCUCCAUCUUCUCUGAAACUCAAUUCUGAAAAAAAAACUCGUCUUUUGCAGGUCGUUCGUAUCAAUUUCUUCCGCGGCUUUAGGUGAGAGACCUCUAUUCCUCUCUCUCUCUCUCUCUCUCUAUAUAUAUAUAUAUAUAUAUAUAUUCUCUCUCUACUCUCUCUCUAGGGGGACGGAAGGAGGAUUGAAAGGAUUUGUUGCAGGUUCUCGCUGGCAUGGUGGGCGUACACGUUCCCGAUGACGGGGGCGGCGAUAGCGACGAUCAGGUACGCGGGGGAAGUGACGAACCCGUUGACGGAGACUCUGUCUCUGGCGCUCUCAGCCAUGUCAACGCUGACGAUGGCGGUGCUGCUGAUCUCCACCGUGGUCCACGCCGUCGUCCUGGGGGACCUCUUCCCCAACGACGUCUCCAUUGCCAUCGCCGAGAGCAGGCCCCUCGACGGGAAGAAGAAGAAGAAGAAGAAGAUGAAGAUGAAUAUGAAGAUGAAGACCAGCAGUGUCGUCUUCUCCCCCGCAGCUCCUCUCCCUCCUCGUCCUCCUCCGGUGGAGAGGGAGGCUGCCGUCGCCAUACAGAUCGACGAACGGUGA